AUGGCAUACCCACCAGAACCACAUGGCAUGCCCACCAGCACCACAUGGCAUACCCACCAGCAGCACAUGGCAUACCCACCAGCAGCACAUGGCAAACCCACCAGCAGCACAUGGCAUACCCACGAGCACCCCCUACCCAUCAACAGCACCCACGUACCCAUGAGAAGCGCCCUACCCACCCAUGAGCAGCACGGCCUACCCACCCAUGAGCAGCACGGCCUACCCACCCAUGAGCAGCACGCCCUACCCACCCAUGCGCAGCACACCCUACCCACCCAUGCGCAGCACGCCCUACCCACCCAUGCACAGCACGCCCUACCCACCCAUGCGCAGCACGCCUUACCCACCCAUGCGCAGCACGCCCUACCCACCCAUGCGCAACACGCCCUACCCACCCAUGCGCAACACGCCCUACCCACCCAUGAACAAAAUGCGUUGCUUGCGGUGGAAGAACUGGAGGGCAUCGGCUGGUUGUACGGUCUUGAGGCGGCACGCGUGGGGGCGCCACUGCUGGUCCACCCAGUAGCCCUCGUUACCGGAGGAGAGCAGCAGGGCAGGCGUGCACCAGGGGAGGCUCUCUCUGCGCACCUCGGAGAUGCAUUCUGCCUGCAUGUCUACAACAUUCGGCCUGCCUGUCUACAACCACUCACUCUUCAUUCUCCUCCCCAAUCUACUCUACUCUGA